AUGCCUUUGCCUUGGAAGAAACCGAAAUCGGGUCGGAUCUCGAGAUUCGUAUCGGACCUCCAACAAUCUCCGAAACACGGCGGAUCUCUCGUCGUCGAAACUGGAUUCCCAACUUCUCUCAUCGAUCUCUUCGUUAAGAAUCGCGAUCGUCUCAAAAAAAACUCUUCGAAACGCAGCAACAGCAAAUCCCAGGCUCAAACUCCGGAUCAUUCUCAUUCUCAUUCUAAUCGGCCACGACGGCGUGUCUCAUCUCCGCCUCCUCCUCUCCCUCUGCAGCGGCGUAGCUCUCUCCCAGCGAAGCUUGAUCCGGCGUCGGUUACGGAGGAUCUCCCGACGCGUAAGAUCGAGGAGAGUUUCGUCGGUGGCUUAGCAUCGGAGAACAGGCACGACGGCGACGAUGCCGACGGCGGAAACGGCGAUAACAGCGGCGGAGGUGGGUGCGUUUUGAUGGUGGUGGUGUUCAAGGUCUUCGUGGUGGCUGUGCUCGCGCUGAGCACGAAGAAGCUCGCCGUGGGGAUUACUCUCUCCGCUUUCGCCCUCAUAUUCCUCGAGUUCGCGGUGGCGCGUGUCUUCACGCUCCUGAAUCUCUGCCCCGGCGCGCAUGUUCGGCUGCAUUCGCUGAUCGGAAAGCUCUUAGGGAAGCGGCGACGGCAAGAGAAGCUAGAAGAGUCAUCGUCAUCAUCGACAAACGACGGAAGAAGAAACAAUGUCUCGUUUGAAAUAACCGAAACUUUCGAGGAAUCGAGAGAUUGCAGCGAAGAAAAGAAAUCGAAUACGGAGGAGUCGUUGACGUCGGAUCGGAUGAAUAAGGCGAAUCCUGUGGCGGAGGAGAAAGAGGAAGAAUUGCUGACGAUUAGGGACGUGGUGUUUAAGAAGGAGAAGAGUAAAAGCGCGAAGCUGAAAUCGAAGAUUGUGAAGAAGAUAGUGCCGAAGAAGUUGAGGAGUUACAAGAAGAAGAGGAAGAUGAUGAAGAUGAUGAAAAAAGAAGAAGGUGGGGAAGAGGUAGAGGUAGAGAUAGUUGAAGAGGAAGGAGAGGAAGAGUCUGUAACGGAAGUUUCGAGCUUGUUUUCUGAAGACAGAGUCGAGAGCGAGAUAUCUGAGAGAGAGGAGAUAAGUUCGAGUCCGCCAUUGCUGGAGAGCUGUGAAGAGAUUGUUGAAGGAGAAGAUGAAGAUGAUGGAUCAUCGAAAGGGGAUCUAAUGAAAGCGAUUGUUCUGAUAGUGAUUGCUCUUGCUGGAUUGUUAAGCGGGAAAGUCGUAGCUAUUGGUCUAACGCUUUCUUCGUGUCUGAUUCUGAGAGUUGUCUGCUCCAAAUCUGAAAUUCAAACCCGUCUCUGA